CUUUUUGUGCUUUGGCGGGCAGUUGACGAGCUGCCUUCACGCCAAGCGGACGCGAAACGGCAACAAAUGCCAAACUAUAUAUAACAACAAUAGACCAUCCAUUGCCCACAAAAGUCACAAACUGUAUACGAGUUCAGCGGGCAACGGCAGUGAGCAAACCGAUCCGCAAAAUUUGAUUCCGCGACACCAGCAAACGUUAUGUGAUAAGUGUUUAUUUGUUUGUUCCGGAAUCGUUUCGCAUCCUGCGUCCUGAUUUUCCAGCGUGGUGUUCGACGCGUGUGCGUGUGCGUGUGCGUGUGUUUGUGCGCAGGACAUAAAGCUCUGUAUUUUGUUGAUAUACGCAGUCCUUGCAAGGCCACCGAACAGCUGGCAGUUCCUCAACUCGGCUAGGGAUAGAAUCCAAAACAACUUUUAUAAACAUCUUUUUAAAUAUACAUUGAAUCGCCACCGAACCCAGAAACGUAUUUACAUUUUACAAGUACAAAAUCUACAAAAACUCUGCUGCUUUGGAAAAGCAUUGAUUGAACUCGAGCCGAAAAGAAACAGAGGAAAGAUAGCAACAUGUCUUCUAUGGCUGCGUUUGACCAGUUCAAAAUUGGACUCAAAAUGGUUGACUUUAAGGUCCAGCAACGCCGCUACAGGACCAGCGAAAAGACUGUCGUCAGCACCACCUACGGCCUCAAGGGCGUGAAGCGGAAGUCCAUCUACGGCCAGUCCUACUUCAGCUUCGAGCGGAUUCCCUUCGCGAAGCCGCCGGUGGGCGAGCUGCGGUACAAGGCCCCUCAGCCGCCGGAGGUCUGGACGGAGGUCAAGAGCUGCACCUCCCAGGGCCCUAAGCCCCUCCAGAAGCACUUUGUGUUCGAGAUGACCGACGGCUCCGAGGACUGCCUCUACCUCAACGUCUACACGAAGAAUUUAUAUCCCACCAAGCCCAUGCCAGUGAUGGUCUGGAUCUAUGGCGGUGGCUUUCAAUUUGGCGAGGCCUCUCGCGAGUGCUACAGUCCGGAUUACCUGCUGCGCGAGGAUGUGGUGGUUAUUUCUAUUAACUACAGACUAGGCCCACUCGGAUUUCUGUGCCUGGACGAUCCCGAGCUCGAUGUGCCCGGCAAUGCGGGCCUCAAGGACCAGGUGUUGGCCCUUCGAUGGGUCAAGGCCAACUGCUCCCGUUUUGGAGGAGACUCGGCGAAUAUAACCAUUUUUGGGGACAGUGCGGGCAGUGCCUCGGUCCACUACAUGAUGAUAACUGAGCAGACGCGCGGACUCUUCCACAAGGCCAUCUGCAUGUCGGGCAACUCGCUUUCUCCGUGGGCGGUCACCCCCCAGAGAAAUUGGCCAUAUCGGCUGGCUGUGCAGGCGGGCUAUGCGGGCGAAAACAACACCCGCGAUGUCUGGGAGUUCCUGAACAACGCCAAGGGAUCCGAAAUCAUCAAAGCCAAUGGAGAGCUGUGCAUCGACGCGGAAAAGAAGGAGCGAAUCGGCUUCUCCUUCGGACCAGUGAUCGAACCCUACAUAACUAGUCACUGUGUGGUGCCCACGAAACCCAUCGAAAUGAUGCGAACCGCCUGGAGCAACAACAUCCCGAUGAUCAUCGGAGGCGUCUCCAACGAGGGUCUCCUCUUGUACUCCGAGACCAAGUCGCAUCCCAAGUGUCUAAACGAGCUGGAUGACUGUCGGUUUGUGGUGCCCAUCGAGUUGAACAUGGACAGGGAGAGUGCCCUGUGCCGGGAGUACGGAGACCAGUUGAAGCAGAGCUACUACGGCGACAAGACGCCGAGUCUCGACACCCUCCACGAAUACCUUCAGAUGGUCUCCCACGAGUACUUCUGGUUCCCCAUCUACCGCACAGUAUUGUCCCGCCUGCAGUACGCCCGCGGCGCGCCGACCUACCUGUACCGCUUCGACUUCGACUCGAAGCACUUCAACCACCUGCGGAUCCUGAGCUGCGGCAAGAAGGUGCGCGGCACCUGCCACGGCGACGACCUGUCCUACUUGUUCUACAACUCGCUGGCGAGGAAGCUGAAGAACCACACGCGGGAGUACAAGUGCAUCGAGCGGCUGGUGGGGCUGUGGACGCACUUCGCCGCCAGCGGAAACCCCAACUUCGAUCCCGAGCAGGAGGACCUGUGGCAGCCCGUCGACCUGGCGUCCGUCGAGAAACACCAGCUGAAGUGCCUUAACAUAUCCGACGAGCUGAAGGUCAUCGACGUGCCCGAUCUGAAGAAACUGAUGGUCUGGGAGAGCUUCUUCCGACGCGACGAGCUGCUGUAGGGAUCUGCAGGGAGCCACGUAGACUAGAUCUGUAGCUUUAUUUGAACGAGGGUGGGUCAAGAAACUUCGAAGGUUGAAUGGACUCUGGGAUGCUUUAUUUGGUCUGAAUUUAAACCAAAAUAGUACAUACAAGCAAGUCUUGUGUUUGCUAUGAUCAAGGGACUCUUUCCGAGGUUUGAAACAGCCGUUGUCCACAGAUUGCAACAUCACCAUUGAAGUUUUUCCAUGUUUUUGGCAUCAUGCCAUUUUGGCCAAGUGAGCCCACCCUAACGUUUAUGAUUCUGAAAGCUUUACGUUGAAGCCUCUGUUUGAAACAACGCAAAGCGUAGCUUAAGACCUGAAAUCAAGAGAGUUUAUUGUUGUUAAGUUUGCAAACGCAAAGUAUUCGAUUUAGGUGUGUUAAAGAUUGUCCUCGUUUAUCUAUAUCUUAUCGAAUCGAAUCUGUAGUUUAAGCAGGCUGUUUGUAUGUAGCAAGACUCAUUACUUGCAAGUGUGAAUCAAGUCGCAACUGAAGUACCUUCUAUGAGAAUCUACCAAACCAACUAAACCAACUAAACCAAACUAAACAAGACAGCCAAGGAAUCUGAGCAAAGAACUUAUAUUUACAGUUCUUUUAAGUCGCGCUGAUAUUUUUAAAAAGCCAACUAAUAUCAACCGUAUUUUAUACGAUUCAACUUAUUCGAGAUCGUUUAAGUCCUCAGCACAAACCUGAGUUAAGGGUUCCAUUAUUUUUCUUCCAUUUCUAUGAAAACGCACACAUCUACCAAAAGGAAAUUUCCAUUUGUGUUUCCUAAAAA